GCGGUGGCCGAGUUCAUCGCCGAGAGCCCGCGGCUGCUGCGCCUGGACCUGCGGGAGAACGAGAUCAAGACGGGCGGGCUCAUGGCCCUGUCCCUCGCCCUCAAGGUCAACCACUCCCUGCUGCGCCUCGACCUCGACCGCGAGCCCAAGAAGGAGUCGGUGAAGAGCUUCAUCGAGACGCAGAAGGCCCUGCUGGCCGAGAUCCAGAACGGCUGCAAGCGCAACUUCAUCCUGGCCAAGGAGAAGGAGGAGCAGGAGCAGCAGCUGCAGCACUCGGCCUCCAUGCCCGAGAUCACCGUCACCGAGCCCCCGGACGACGAUCCCAACACGGAAAACCGGGAUGGAGGCGCCCAGGAGGAGAAGGAGGAGGAGGAGGAGGAGGAUGGAGAGGAGGAGGAGGAUGGAGAGGAGGAGGAAGAGGCCCUGGCGGCCGAGGAGAACGGGGGGGACUCUGAGGACGCGGGGGAUGUUUCGGACUCCAGCUCGGACACGGACGAGGAUCCCGAUCCCGAGGACUCGCGGGACCAACAACAACAGCAACAACAACAACAACAACACCCCCCUCCUCCUCCGUGCCCGGAGCGGCCGCCGGAUCGGCCCUUCCCGACGCCCCUUUCCCGGGAAUCUCCGGCCGAUCCGAGCGCCCAGAGCUCGCCGGGCCACCAGCGGAGGAUCUCGGUGUCCAGCCCCGGCAGAGGCCACAAAGUCUUCGUGGUGACGCGCGUGGAGCCGCUUCCAGAGGCGGGAGAAGGAUCCGGGAGCUGCGUCCCGGCGGCGGCUCCUCCUCUUCCUCCUCCUCCUCCGGAGAACGGGGCCGUUCCCGAGGGAUCUGAGCUGGGCUCUUCCUGCGGGAUGAGCCCGGCCCGGGAGGCGCCGCUGCUCAACGGGCUCAAGACGGAUUUCGCGCGGGCGCUGCCGGAGGUGGCCCCGGACAACGACGGGAAAAUCGGGAGCUGCGGCGCCGAGCACG